AUGGCACCGAACACAGCCCAGGAGAUGUUUAUGAACCAUCUGACCAUCUCAGUCCCGACAGACGAAACGCAGGAUAUAAAACUUUUGCUGGAAAAUUUAUCAUAUCUUCCAUUAGCAAUCGCGCAGGCAGCAGCCUACCUCAACCAAAAUAAGACGAUGAAGAUUAAAGAUUACCUGUCGCUGUUAAACGCGCAGGAUAUAGAAGCGUUCCAGAUUAACAGCAACCUGGCACAAGACAAGUCGCCCACUCAUGUCAUCCCACGCUCUAUUAUAAUGACAUUGCUCACCUCACUGGAUCAAAUGCGCCACGGUCACCCACUAGCGACCUACUUUCUCUGUCUUAUGGCCUGCGUGGACCGAAAGGAUAUCCUGCUAGAUUAUCUAAACCCCUGGUCGAAGGAAAGGGAAGACGCUAUUAAACUUCUUAGCGACUAUGCAGUCGUCAUAAGGCGACCUGCAGUAUCAGCCGUUGACCUUCAUCGACUAGUUCAUCUUGCAGUACGAAGAUGGAUCGAGAACUACGAGUCUAUUGACAAAUGGACCGAAACAGCUGUUAGGCGCUUGGUGGAAGUGUUCCCAGACCAUAAUCAUGGCAAUAGAAGCAAGUGGAGACGGCUGUUGCCUCAUGCUAGGUAUGCUUUAUCACGUGGUUCAAUCGAUUUGGACAAUGAUGAUAGGAUGACUCUUAUCUGGAAAUGUGCCAUGAGCUUGUAUGAAGACGGGCAGCAUAACGAAGCAGAAGGGCUGUUUGUGCAGGUGAU